AUACUAUUCUUAUUACCUUAGCAUCUUGCUGAUUUUUCUGUUUGACAUAUAUUUUCCCAUAUGAGGUCCAGCACAUAUAUUUAUUGUGUUUCUUAACGAAUUCCCUUGUCCGGUAAUACAGCUCACUUGUGUGUUUCGUCAAUACUUCAUCAAUGUAGAUAGUGCAGGGCUCACCUGGUAAUCCAAUAUGUGAAGUGUUUAAUCUGUUAUUUUGAUUUUCUCUGUUAUAGAUUCUGGAGUUUUUAAUCACAGAUGUUUUUAAGUUCAAAGUGGUAAAAUCGACUACUAUGUGGUUAUUUUUCACAUUUUUUGAUUUAAGACGAUAAAUAUCUCGUAUGUCUGAGUCCAUUAUGGGUUUUUUUAUCGUAUGCCCGAUGUUCUUGACAAUAUCCAUGAGUACAUUCUUGUUUUCAGUACUUUGCUUAGGAAUAUUUUUAAUUUCUACGCGGGACAUGCAGGAACCCGAUUCCAAAAGUUCUAUUUUUGAUUCUAAAGUUUCAAUCCGAUUUUUGUAUGAGUCAUUUUCUCUUUCGAGACGUUCCAUUUUCAAGAUAACAUCAUCAUAUUUUAAAGAUAGGAAUUCAAUACUUUUUUGUAUCUCUAAAUUUUGUUCCGUAAUUGUGGUCAAAAAAGAAUCCAUUUUUGCAUUUUGUUUGUUUUCGAAAGAGAAAAAUAAGGCUGUGAUUUGAGGCAUAAGCUCCGAAUAUAUAUCGUCUUGGUCUACAUCCAGCUUUCUUUUAAAUCUGCGAGUAAUAUUCGCGGAGUCGCGAUCUCGUUGUUUUGUUAUGACGUUUAGUUGUGUAUCGGAUCCUCCGCUCAUAUUCAAUAAGUUUGUAGCAGGUAGCAUACUGCUGUGCGGUGGUGUACGCUGAGUCGACAUGUCAAAUAGCCCGGUAGUGCGUCUUUGUCUUGCAGGCUUAGAUAUGUAUACCGCUGUGAGAUCUUCCGUCGCUUCGUGCUGCGUCGGAGCAGAACAGAAAUAUUAGUUGUCUUUUGUCCUCAAGGUGGGGAGCGAGUGCCGCGCUCGCUGUGCAGCGCCGUGACCUUGCAAUAUGACGUUCAAUGGAUACUUCUUGCAAAAACGACAAUUUUGCGAAAACCGGACCAAGUGGAGAGAAAAAAUUCGAAAGGCGGACUCCGGGGACCGAAACACUACUGUGGGGGGUGCGACCGGGCACACGGUAUUUGUAAAGAAAGUAAAAAACAAACAUUAAUUGAGUAAAAAAACUCGUGAAAAGUUUUUACAGAAGAGGAUUUUUUUAAUUUUACCAUUUAAAAAAUGGACGGUAAUUUCCGAGAGCUGUUUCGGAAGUUUUGUGUGGAGGGUUCCAUUUUAGGAUUGAAAUAUUUUUACAUUUAUCCAGAUGCAAUAUCGAGAUGCUUCUGGGCUGUGACAAUGCUAGGGAUCACAUACACCGCGUUCGUUCUGACCUGGCUCCUGUACAUCAGGUUCCGAGACAUCCCCACUAGGAUCACCAUAGAGAACCAGUACGAACCCCUGGCCGAGGUGUCGUUCCCCGCCAUCACUAUUUGUACCCCUAACCAGGUCACUUUCAGCGCCAUGAACCACUUUAACAGGACCCUUGUAGAUGGCAACCUAACAUUGAACCUGGAAAAAGUUCUUCCAAUGCUGCUGGCGUUCUACGUCCCUAUCAAGCUGGAACCAGAAGCCACUAAUGACUUGGAGCAUUUCCAGUCCCUAGUAGAGCUCAACCGAUACACGUUACCAGAAGUAAUGUUCGCGUUACCUCAGCGCUGUGAGGACUUCCUGCGCAUGUGCGUGUUCGAGGGGGAAGUGUUCCCGAACUGCCGGGGCCUCCUUCGGCCUGUCCUCACUGCCCACGGGCUGUGUUGUAUCUUCAACAGCGUGUAUUUCUUCAAGGACGGCAAGAGAAACGAAAAAGAUUCUCGUUUUAAGAGUCGCAGUGUUACUACUUCGGGAUACUUGAAAGGGCUGACUGUCAUCACAGACUACAACCCCGCUGAUGCUCUGGACCACACAAUACUGAAUGCUGGCUCGACUCGUGUGAUGUUUAACGACAUGAACGAGUUUCCAUCAGACGACGAGAUGAAGCUGGUGCACGCUGACUCUCAGUCAUUCCACAUCUUGCACGCCACAUACACCUACUGCUCAGAGGAAGUCCAACAACUGCCUGUCUGGAGCCGUAAGUGCUAUUACAAAUGGGAGCAGUUGCUCCCUUACUUCGGCGACUACCACAACGCGGAUUGCGACUCUCUUUGCUACGUGAAGGCUGUGGAGAAAGCAUGCGAGUGUCAGCUGUUUUACGCGCCUAACAUCCGCCUGGGGAAAGCAUGUAACGCCACUAGCAUUUUUUGCGUCAUGAGAGUCAAAUUACACCUAUACAAAUAUAUUUCGCCUGAAGAGUGCGACUGCCUCCGCGACUGCGACUACAUGCGGUACCGCACCGACACCACCAUCGGAAACUUGAAGGGGCUGCCAUACGUCAUCAACAAACCUUACACCGAUUUGGUUUUCAACAAGAGCACGUCCAUGAUGCACUUCUACUUCACCAGCUCCGUGUACGUCAAGCAGAAACAGGAGACUGUCAUGUCGCUCAUAACACUCACAUCAAACCUGGGAGGCGUGUUCGGAUUAUGCCUGGGUUGCAGCGCCAUGAGUGUCCUUGAAAUUUUGUUUUACAUUUACAUCGUGAUCAGAAACCACGUACGUCGAAGGCUGCAGCAUCAAGUUUAUCCAGUGCUCAACUAACGUUUAUUAUCAUUAUUUGUUACUUAUAUAAAGUUAAACUAAGACGGCCAUGUCACUGUAAAUAGUGAUCAAAUAAGUUUACUAUCACCUCUUGUUACUCGACCGACACUACAUAAUAACUAAGGUUUUCAAUCUUCAUUCAAUGCAAAUAAAACUACGUUUCAGGUGUAUGUAACAAAUUUAUAUUUUCUGAUUUACAUAUAUAAUAAUUUUCACUAUAAUCUGGGCAUAAUUUUCAAUAAUUUUAUCAAAUAUAUUGCUUUGCUAAAUUUCAUGAAAAAAUACAAAAGUAUUAUAUAAUUGCGUUAAGAAAAAUCCACUAGAAAAAAUUACAUCUCUCUUAUUCUCUAGAUGUUUCAUAUUAUGCGUAAUAUUUCGAAUGCUUAAUACGUUUAUACAAAAUGUAAUUAAAUAAAGAUAGGCACAGACGGGUGCUAGCACAGGGCUUUCCGAGCGGCGGUUCACCACAAUUUCAAAUAAAUACUUAGCUCCUCACCAAUAAUAAUACUUCAAAGUAAAUGAAUUCUAAUUUAAUCUAAAAAUAACGACAUAAAAUCAAUUUUUGGCUUAGAUUUUAAUUACACCUACGGAUAAAGCAUAAAAAGUAAUAAUUUGGUCUAAGUUAUGAUUAUUACAAUUAAAGGUUAAGUGCUCUUAGACUAAUUAUUUCUUAACCUAAUGUAUCUCCAGUGGCCUUAUUGCUUUGACCGCCACACAACUCAUGCCAAGGUAAAAAAUAUAUUGUCUCCGAGUAUUCUAGAUAUCAUCUAUUCUAAUAUAUGUUUCUAAAACGUGCAGAGUAACGUUACAAAAUAUUUUCGUCCAAAAGUGUUCGAGUACGUCAUCACGCCGUACCCGGCGGCUAGCAUGAGUCAGACAUGACACAACAACAUAGUGAAUGCACAUCACUGGACGUAUCACAUGAAUCGCUUAACAUUAAUGCUACAUUACCAGAGGUCCGAUCCAAACGUAAUCGAAAAAAAGUCUAUUCAAAAUAGGCGCUUUCCAAUCGAACCUUAGAAAAAAAAUUUAUCGAACUUUAAUCGAUUGCGUUAUAAUUCAGGCCUCUGUACCUAACCAAUGGAACGGUACGACGUUACAUCAACAUUGAGCUAACUUACAAUCAAUAUAUUAAUUAAUCUUUAAGUAAUAUUGCUGUUAGUUUAUGGUUAACUAAAUAUUUCGUACUCGCAAUCAUUGUAUCUGAGAGUAGACGUAGGCAAUGGCACAAAGUUUAUUAUGACAAGAAACAUGGAGGAUCAAACGUCGGUGCCGUUCUACAACCUAUCGCUAGCAAACGAUCCCUGAAAUAAUUAUUCGAUAUAUCGUAUAUAAAAAUAGACAAAUUGACUCGUGAAGGCCGACGGUUAUAAUAUAGCACACAGUGAGCAAGUACGUUACCAAGUCACAAUAAAUAGCGUGGCGAUAGAAAGUAGAGAGAGGUCGAGAAAGUCUUUGAAGAACUUAGUAGAAGGCGUA